GAAAACGGCCGAAAACAGCCGAAGAAGCCGUUAUGGAGACUUGUUGCACACUGAGCCAGUGGGGGCACACUCUCUUCCAUCUCCACUAACUGGACUUGGUUUUUCCACAUCCUAUGUGACGUCACCACCCGUCGCUGUUUAUCUGGCAGGUCCACGUUAACGUUAGAGUUUACUGUAAAGUUUUUAUCGCUCAUAGGAGUCUUUUACAAUACAUCGCUAUUGCUGCAUCCACUUAAGAUGUUUGUCCGUUCAGAUGGCAGAGCUUUGAGCGGGCUGUGUGUGCUCAGCGCCUCGCUGCUGCUUGUCUCGGGGGAGGAAGUGUGGGAGAGCCGCUCCGGAAUCCAGGAGCUCCGGACAGCUCUGGCCGACCUGGCCGGGGAGGGGAGGACUUACCUGGGCAGGCUGGCCGGGGAGCAGACGCUGCUCUCGGUACAGAAGGCUUUCUCUCAGGUCCUAGCGGUUGUGGCGGGAGCUGUGUCCGCUGCUCUGAAUGUGUUCUUCCACAAUGUUUCACACGUCCUGCAGGCUGCUGGAGUCCAAGGUGUCCCCAUCCCCAGAGUGUCCCCAGAGGGGCUGAUCUUUGUGACCCAGUGGCUUCUCCUGGCUCUCAUUGGCUACUGGCUGAUCUCCCUUGUCUUUGGAUUGGUUGCCUCGGCUCUGAGGCGAGCUCUGUGGCUGCUGAAAGUGGGCGUGGCUAUGCUGUGUUUUGGCCUGAUCGUGAGUGACCGUAGCGUGGACACAGACACCACCGCCCUUCGAUUGGCUGGCCUGGUGUGUGCCUGUGUGCUAUUGGGCGUGGGGCCGGGGUGGGGCUCUGCUGCGGCUGAUAGGACGGCUCAGCUGGAGCAACAGCUGAAGAUCAUGGAGAGACGCCUCGGAGACGUGGAGCGCUGGAGCAGGACGGAGGAGUAACGGAGGGACUGAGACUAUGUCUGUCCAUUGUCUCCUGUGUCUGUCCACCCUCAUGCCACAUUAUGCCUUUAAGGACUUCUGGAACUUCAAGAGAGAGAGGUUUCUACAGUUUGGAUGUUUUCUAUAAUGUCAUUCAUUACUCAUCCCUAUCUGAUGACUGAGUUAUUCCUGGAAGCAGUGCUUUAUUAGUCUACAUGUUUUUAUACUGUUUCUCUCUUUUAAAUGGCAGUUAGUUUCUAAGAAUGUGCCACAGUGGGAAGGAAUAAGCAUGUACGUACGUCCAUGUUCUGUCCGUCCUUUACAACAUUAAAUAAACAUUAGGGGAACAACUCCUUACUA